GGUACAUGUCAUAAUAUAACAUCCAAAAAAACGUAUCUUAUUUUUGAAAAAAUUCGCGAUUACAAUAUGUUACUUCCCCGCCAGUAGCCGUGGGAAGUAAGAAUCGCCAUUAAAAUUUAUAGCGAUUAACUAUGGCUAAAAAGGUUGACGAUGUCGACCUAUUUACACAGAAGUAUCUGAACUGGACUUGAAAACUCCAAAAUCGAGGCAGGUAAUUCCAAGGAGGAAUUAUGAAAAUAAAAAACUCGGGGCGAAUUGAGAAAUCAAAGUAUAAAAUAAGAUCAGUGCUUCUGGUAAGGUGCCAUCGCCGUUCUGCUGUCGGACUAUUAGUUCCUGAGGGAGAACGUCGGGACGAGUCGGUGUCGGGCUCUUUUUGGACAGUCAGCCUGUAA